CAAAACCACCAUAAUCAUAUGGUUAUGUUACGAUGACCUUUCAUUCAUUCAUAACAUAUCCACUUCUACAUUGUAAUUAUAUCCCAAAUUAAGAAAUCUAUCUAUCUUAGUUUGACUUUUCUCUGUUUGUGUCUCUGUCUCGGUCUCUGUCUCUUACUCUGCUCUCAGAAAAACAGAGUAGCUCUGCUUCUUCCAUAAACUGCAACAAAAUGGAACUUGUACCCUACUCUGAUUCCAAAUCCGACACCAACCCACCAUGGAAAGACAUGUUCCGAUCCGCCUCCAUCAGAAAACCAACCCCGCCACCGUCUCCUCCGCCGCACGCGCCGCCGCAGCAGCAGCAUCAGCAAAAUUGCUCUGACCCUGAUGAUAAAAAACUCAACUUUUCCGGCGAAGACUCUCAGGUACGUCUCGCAAUCUUCAUAGCCAUGGCACACGCUGGCCUCGCCUUCGCAAUUAUCGUUUUUUAUGGUCUCUUCAAGCUUCUAGAGCAGUACCUGAAGCCUCUUCAAUGGGCAGUGCUAUGUUCUAUCCCUCUUAGGGGAAUUCAGAACGCCAUUGUUGCGUUCUGGUAUGAGCCAUUGAAGCUUGGCCUCACCGACACCCUUCUCGCUGUCCCAAUUGCGGUUAUUAGGGUCUUUUUGGGUACCCUUUCUGAGAUUCGAGAAGCUUCUAUGAGGGUCAUUCUUAGGAAGUCAAAGUCUGAAACUUUAUCAUCACUUGAAAGGAAAAAGCUUAGUGGGUUCUCCACUAUUCUUCGGUUACUUCUAUCUUUUGGUGUGUUUGUUGUUGCUUAUGAGAAUCUUGGUGUUGUUGGAUCAAUGUUAAUUAUUGGAUUAGGCUUUGUUUUCAGCACAAAGAAUGUAGAUUCCACUUUGUCUUACUUUAAUAGCAUUAGAAUUGGUGGUUUUUUCACUAGAAGGAUGCUUAAGAGGUUGCAUACUAUUGUGGCUGUUGGAUUGAUUCUUGGCAUGAUUGUUGGGUUCUUGGUUGGGUUGAUAUUCUUCUCUUAUAAGAUUGGAGUUGAAGGGAAAGAUGCUGUGGUUUCGCUGAAAGUGCAUGUGGAAGAGAGCAAUUAUGCUGAGAGAAUUGGUGUUAAGAAGUGGAUGGAUGAGAAUGAUGUUCCUGGGAUGGUAGAUAAGUACACUGCUCAGUUUUACAGGACAGUGUCUGAUCAGGUUGAUGGAUUGGCAAUGCAGUACAAUAUGACCGAGUUCGUCAAUGGUCUUAAGCAUUUUGUGAUAACUAGUAGCAGUGCUAACACUUCAGGGUCUUCAACUGAGUUGUUGACCCCUUCGCCUUAUACGGAAAAGUUCUUGAAUUUGAAGGAUCGGGUAGCAAAUAGGGAAUGGAGUCAGAUCUAUGCAGAAGUGGAUAGCAUUUUCCGAGAGCUUGUAAUCACUCGCGAGGAUUUGGUUGAGAAGGCAAAAGGGUAUGCCGUCAAGGGAAUGGAUGUAGGUCAAAAGGUUUUAGCUAGCAGCACGAAUGUGCUUGGAAGUGGCACAAAGUUCUUUAUGUCAAUUGUAAAUUCCAUAGUUUCUGGUGCUGCUGAGAUCUUCAAUUUUGUGUCUCAGACAGUGGUUUUUUUCAUGGUUUUGUAUUAUCUCAUAACAUCUGAAUCUGGUGAUGUGACUGAACAAGUUAUGUACAUGCUUCCACUUCCAAAAUCGGCCCGGCUAAGAUGUGUUGAAGUGUUAGAUAAGGCGAUUUCCGGAGUACUUUUGUCUACUGCUGAGAUUGCAUUCUUCCAAGGGUGUCUGACUUGGCUUCUAUUCAGGCUAUACAGAAUACAUUUCUUGUAUGUGUCAACUAUGCUUGCCAUCAUAAGUCCACUGCUGCCGAUAUUUCCAAGCUGGCUCGCAACAGUUCCUGCUGCAAUGCAACUAGUGCUUGAAGGCAGAUACAUAGUCGCCAUUGUCCUAUCACUUGUUCACCUUUACCUCAUGGAUUAUGGGGCAAAUGAGAUACUAGAAGAUGUGCCUGGCCAUAGUUCAUAUCUUACUGGAAUGAGCAUCAUUGGGGGAAUGGCAUUGUUUCCAUCAGCUUUAGAGGGAGCUAUAAUGGGGCCAUUGAUAACCACAGUCAUUAUUGCUCUGAAGGAUUUAUAUGCUGAAUUUGUUUUGGAACAACCAAAGGACAUUGCCAAGACAAAGGAAGAUUAGACCAUAACCUGUUUAUAUGACAGUAUUCAUUUCAUUUUGAGUUGAAGGUUUCUGCAUCUCCAAGUUCAUUAUUGUUCUUAUCCAUUCUGUUUAUGGAUCUUGUUCCUGAGUUCCUGAUUUGUUUGUAACUUAUAUUCUUUAUCUGUAUCAUUCAUUAGAUUAUUUGUGAAGUUUGUAACUGACAAAAUAGGACUUUUAUUUUGCUCUUUCCAUUCUCAUCCAUUUCUAGAUGUCAUAAAA